AUGACAUCCCCAGAUCCACCAACUCCCUCAACCCCAGAAAUAGCAUUCAUCUCCGGUCCUCUAGACAUAGGCCCAAACAACUUCUACUUCCACACCCACUACAUACCCCAAAUCAACGCCGCCAUUGAACGAGGCCAUCACUUCGUGAUCGGCCCUGUCGCCGGCGUAGACAGGGCCGCCUUGGAUUAUCUCCUUGCAUAUCCUAUUCCUCCAUCACGUAUAACCAUCUUCGUGACGCCAACUGAGAAUAUCCUGAUGGGCGAGGAAUUCCGCUCUCGUGCUGUCAAUGUACAUGUUGUCGAUGGAGGUAUGAACAUAACGACUCGGGAUCGUGAUGCGGCGAUGACGAGGGCUAGCUCUUAUGAUAUUCUCCGGUGGAGACCGAGGAAGGAGGCGAGGGAGUUCUAUGGACGGAUGUAUAGGGAGGGAUAUGUGACGAAUACGGAGAUGAAUUGGAGGCGGCGGAGAGAUAUUAAUGAGAUGGAGAUGGUGAGGGAGGAAGAUGUGGAUAUAUUUCGGGACGAGAAGCAUUCUGUAGGGAAACGAGCCGUUGAUGCGCUUUGCGGGUCGUUUCGUUCUGGUUCAUGA